UAUGGCUAAUAAUUUUGAUUCCGAUUCAAAUGAUGAUAUAUUCAAAGGUUGCUUUGAUUCAGAAUCAGAAGAGGACCUCUCUAUGAGUUUAAUACCAAAAAAACGGAAAGAAGACGAUUGCUCAACCGCUAAUGAGGAGGAGUUUGAUUCUUACAUGCAGAAUUUGACAUCUGAAUCAGAAUCCGAUUCAGAAAGCCAGAAAGAAGCUACUCUUAAUAACAUAGUUACCGAGCUGGUUGCUUCGCUUGAAAAUUAUGAACACUUUGAAACCUUAAUUUUGAAUCUUCCUGUUAAAUCCUUUCAGGAGUUGGAUAAAUCUGACGCAUUAAGAGAUUUUAAAUCUUUUGGUUCAAGUUUUCAGGAUUUGGCAAGCAAUUCCUCCAUAUCAAAUCGAAAACUAAGCUUUGGGGAUCCAUCCUCAUCAUUAUCUAAUGAUCAAUCAUGGUCAGGAAAAGCUAUGGGCUCAACAUUGGAGGAGGGUGACAAUAGUGUACAAAAAGAAACGCCCAGAAUAAAAAUGGAACCAGCUCAGAGAAAAGCUACUGUAUUCUCUAAUACAAAAUACAAUGACGCGGGAAAAUUUACCAACGUUAAACUAACUCGCAAUACAACUGCUAUCGUUCUUAGUUCUGACGAGGAAGAUGACAAUGGUAACUCUAACACAAAUACUACUAUCCAAUCCAGAAAUUUUGAAAAUGACCAAUGUGAAUAUGACCAGUUUUGUGAAAGUGAUGAUUUCAUUUUUGGUUUACCAGUAUUGGAAACAGUUAGUGUCAAGAAGCAGAUUUUCAGCAGGUCUAUACAAAAGGUAGCUGCUAAAUGGGAAACUGACGAACUGUAUGUGAAUGGUAAAAAUUUAACUUGUUGCACAAGCUUACGAAAAAAGUUUAACAAUAAAUUGCCUCCCUCCGUCUAUACGCUGGAAGGAAAUAAAAAAAUUGGACUUAUCUAUCGAAAAGGAGAACGCAAAAACGACUUGGAUUUGGUUCCGAGGACAUUGAUUUAUGGUAGCAAUAAUGAAAAAUUUCCCAGAGAUCAACUGACGUUCAUCGUUGAGAAUGAAAGGAGAAAGCAUGUUGGAGAAAUCUUCUCGAUUUUUGCUGACAGGCUAAAGGAAUUAUUGAUAGAGAGAGACAGCGCGUUAUCUUCUCUCUAUAAUAUAUUUGCUACACGUAAACAAAAGAUGGAUCACUCACAUCGCCUCGCUAAAGAGCAGUGUGUGAAAGAUUCAAGAUAUAAUGCUAAGUUCAAUUACAUUCUAUCAAACAUGAGAAAGCAACAUCAAGCCGAAACGGAGAAUUUAUCGGCUGACUUUGAAUCAAAAUUGGGUCAUUUACGCGAUCAUUAUCUGUUACGAAUAAAAGAUGAACGCCGUCGGUGCAGUGAUAUGAAAUAUGAAAUAGAUUGCUUAUGCUAUGAGUAUAAGCAGACGGGACUUUCCCCUUUUCGACAAGGAGACAGCUAUAUUGCUAAACAGCUGCCAAAACAUCCUAAGCAAAAAUUGAAGGUUGGCGAAGCAGACUCCGUUGUUGUCUAUGUUCCCUCUAUACAGGGAUCAAUCAUGGAGGAAGAUAACAAAUUGUACGAUGAAAAAUAUGGAUAUAAAUAA